CGACAAUCAAAGAGAAGAGAACCACAUGAUAAAUACAUUCUCUGCAACCUCUAAUUCUUAAUAUUUGGAGGAUCAAGGUGGCAGUUGUGUGUACAUCUUUUCAUUUCAUAACAAUAAACACAGUCAGUCGAAUCAGCCAGCAAAUAUCUUGUUUAUAGCGAUUAGCUUCCCGUCAAAGCUGAUUUUUGUUUUCCGGCAAAGGAUUUAGCAAGUUCACAUUCUACAGAACCUCCUAGGAGACGAUCAAUCUCGUCAUUUUACAUGUAAACUUCACUCACAGCUAGGAUGCACCUCAUACUUCAGUUUAGUCUGUUUUCUCUGCUAACGUACGUGUUAAUCUCACAAAUAAGAGAUGCAAAGUACGUACCAAAGGAUCUUAAUGCCUGGAAAGCGCAAAGAGGUUGGGUUGUACGACUCAACGACACACUUGAUGAUAUGCAUGAUAACAUAGACGUACCUUCUAACAUCAGUAAAAUACUUAAGAAGGGUCUUUAUGAGCUCAAUAAAGUACUCGAAGACCUACCGCAGGUUCACGUCAAAAUGCAAAAGAGACUGAAUGUGCAGUUAAUAGAAAUUAUAACAGACUCAUUAUAUCUUAAGAUGAAAAUAUCAAUGAUGCCAUGGCGCACUGCCUUUAUAAAUGAAAUCAUAAAUAAUGCAGUCUAUAUAUUAGCUGCCUUUUUAUUUGGACUUUUUAUAGGAUAUCAAACAGGAUGUAAAAUCGCUGUACGUCUCGAAAGAAACAGGAGAAUAAAUGCGCCACAAGUAGAGUAGAAGUUACGAUUUCAAGUAUACUAUGAUAUGGUUUAUAGUAACAUAUAUUCAUUUUUAUCAAGUAUACGACAAACGCUUAUGAUCGUCUACUUUUACGAUGUAGAUUUGCGACAGAAUUUGUAUGAUACUUUUUCAAUGACUUUGUGUGAUCGUAGAAACGCAGACAGCACAAACUUCUAAAAGAUAUUUUAGAUAUAUCCGAAAGACAUUCUAUUUUUCUUUAGACACCGUUGAGAGACAUUUUCUAGAAAUUUGCGUUGUCUGGCGAGUGAUCAAUAUUUCUGCGUAGCACAUAUAUUUAAUUAUUAUUAAAUUACCAUCGGCAUAUAUUACCGCUAUUAUU